AUGUCACUCUUCCAGCACAUCGAAACCCCUGUUAUCACAUAUGAGCAGCCUUUGGGACUGUUUAUCAACAAUGAGUUCGUCAAGGGCGUGGAAGGGAAAACCUUCGAGACUAUCAACCCUCAUAACGAGAAGUCUAUUGUAGCCGUACACGAGGGGACAGCAAAGGAUGUCGAUAUUGCUGUGAAAGUUGCUCGCGAUGCACUGAACGGAGAGUGGAAGCAAGUCACACCAUCUGAGCGUGAUCGUCUCCUCACUCGUCUAGCAGACUUACUGGAACGCGAUAUCGAAAUCUUGGCCGCUAUCGAAGCCCUCGAUAAUGGCAAGGGUGUGACAAUGGCUAAAAACGAUGUUAACGCCUCCGCGGGGUGCAUACGCUACUAUGGUGGCUGGUCAGACAAGAUUUUUGGCCAAACGAUUGACACCGAUACCAAUAGCUUGACCUAUACCCGCCAUGAACCAGUGGGCGUCUGUGGCCAAAUUAUUCCGUGGAACUUCCCGCUUCUGAUGUUUGCCUGGAAAAUUGGCCCUGCUCUUGCUACGGGAAAUACCAUCGUUAUGAAAACGGCUGAGCAGACACCUCUUUCGGCGCUUUAUGUGGCUAAGCUUAUCAAAGAAGUGGGAUUCCCCCCUGGCGUGGUGAAUGUUAUUUCAGGAUUCGGAAGAACUGCAGGCGCGGCGAUUGCCUCGCAUAUGGAUAUUGAUAAGGUCGCUUUCACUGGGUCGACCCUGGUUGGUCGUCAGAUCAUGAAAGCAGCGGCAGACAGCAAUUUGAAGAAGGUAACCCUGGAACUAGGUGGCAAGUCACCAAACAUCAUUCUUCCAGAUGCAAACUUGGAGGAAGCUAUCGAAUGGGUCAACCUAGGCAUUUUCUUCAAUCAUGGACAGUGCUGCUGUGCAGGCUCGCGCAUUCUUGUUCACGAAGCUAUUUAUGACGAGUUCCUACAGCUUUUCAAGAAGCGAGCAGAGCAAAAUAAGGUCGGAGACCCGUUCCAUGCAGAGACCUUCCAGGGACCGCAGGUGUCGCAGGUCCAAUAUGACCGGAUCAUGACCUAUAUCGAGGAGGCAAAGGGUGCAGGAGCCAAGGUAGUCACAGGUGGCGACCGUCAUGGCACCGAAGGAUACUACAUCCAACCCACAAUCUUUGCUGAUGUACACGAGCACAUGACAAUUGUGAAGGAAGAGGUCUUCGGACCUGUGUGCACGGUACAGAAGGUCCACAGUGAAGAGGAGGCUAUUCAGGUGGCCAAUACCACAAACUACGGCUUGGCCGCCGCUGUCCAUACCACGAAUAUCAACACUGCCAUCAGAGUAUCAAACGCCAUCAAAGCAGGAACUGUGUGGGUCAACAAUUACAACACCCUUCACUACCAAAUGCCAUUUGGUGGCUUCAAAGAAUCGGGAUUGGGCCGAGAGCUUGGAUCAUAUGCUCUAGACAACUACACUGAGGUGAAGACCGUCCGUGUGCACCUGUCCCGGGCGUAA